AUGACAAAUCUGGAGAAACAAUUUGGAGACCUGAAAGACCAGUAAGUCACUGAUUUACAUUGGACUUAUAAAUAUUGUUCUAAAUUCCAUCAGUGUGUCAAACAGAUGAGUGUAGCUAAGGUUAACCAAUUGUAACCAAUGUUGUUUCUGUUCAGGUUGUACAAGGAUAGGUUGAGUCAGGUGGAUGCUAAACUCCAGGAGGUGAUUGCAGGCAAGGCUUCGGAGUACCUGGACCUCUGGCAAAUCUGCAGGAGAACAUGCAGAUCAGAACAAAGGUUGCGGGUAAGACUGUAAUCUUUGGAUCACAUUAUUUAUGUAGCCUUAAACUGGUUUCACAAAUUGCUGCGGCAUUGAACACCAGUGAAAUAAAGGUUUCCUAGUUAUCAUGCAAAAGUUGACGAAGGAAAUUGCAUAAACAGUAUACUGACAAAUUAUUUUCCUUCCCAGGGAUCUACUGGGGGCUCUUUAAGUUGUUCUGAAAGUGCCCAUGUCCAUCUUAAAACCUCUGUCUAAUUGAUUUAUUUGUACAGUGUUUUAAUUUAUGUUCAUUGUAACCUUAUUCAUUGAUUCCUUCAUUGAUGUCUAAGUGAGAAGCUGCUAUUGUUUGAUACAGUGCAAAGAUCAGGCGUCUGGAGGAGGACAGGCACAGUAUCGAUAUAACCUCGGGUACCGUCAAGUCAUUACUAGAGCCACUAGCGUGCAUAACCCAGCUGGACUGAAAUGCUAUUUCAAUGGAAAUUAUUAAUUGAGCUUGCCUGUUAGUCCAGGAUUAGGCUUAGUCUGUGUCCAGGAAAUUAGCUGAAAGUGCCAUGUCUUAAUCUUCCCUCUCCUCAUUGACCCUUAUUUUCUCACACAGAGCUCUGGAAUGAUGAGCUGCAGUCAAGGAAGAACAAGAGGAAAGAUCCAUUUAGUCCAGACAAAAAUAAAAAGCCAGUUGUGUCAGACAUCCUAUUUCAUCAUUCAAGUCUCAACAGAAAUUAGUCUUGCAUGCAAGAUGGUUUUUUGAACAAUCUUAGUCUGUUGUUGUCAUGUGUACUUUUACUUGUCCCCCCCACACCACUUCCUUGUACAUACUAGAAUUUACUUAACAUUCGUACCACCAUAUAUUAUCUACAUGUUAAAAGACUUGGAUAAACUCCAGGACUGAACAGCAAUCAGAAAGGUACCUUGCCUCGUAGAUGCAUAGCAUGGUUUGGAUUUAUGAUGAUUAUGAUCAUAUUUUAAUAAAUAUAUAUCUUACAGGCUGUGGCUACUUUUGGACCUCACAGAGGUAAGACUAAUGGUAAGACUCAACUUCUCUUUUGAAUUAAAUAAUUGUGCUGUAAUGUGUCAUCACUCUAUUCUGUUAUUGUCUGAGAUCCUGUCCCUCAUCCCUUCCUGCCUUUUUGAUUUUCUAAACCAAAUCAUAAAUGCAUCAUACAUAAAUAAACACAAUUUAACAUGAACAAGUAUAAGUGAUAAGUUAUAAGACGUUACUACACUAACUUGGAAGUGUGUCUUUGUGACUAACAACUCUUUUUUGUUUCCACCAAACAUUAUAUUCCAGUCUCCACCAAUAAGAAUGAAAAGCAGCAGCAUAAUGCUCGAUCAGAAGAGGGAAAGUUGUUUUAUGAUGGAGAAUGGUACUGCCGUGGACAGACGAUUUGCAUUGACAAGAAA